CCCGUAGCCCUGUUUGCUUCUUCGGAGGACGGUGAAUGCUGCGGGAGCCCAUUUUGACAGGCACCGGGAUGACGCCAUGACGUGCAUGUCCAUGUCCAUGUGGUGCCCACUUCUAUCAUACAUAGCAGCUUGCAAUUAUCCGGAACCCUCUCCCUCCCGGCUCUUUACUGCGCUUCCCCGCAACGACAGGCCUGAAGCCACACCCUAUAUGUUCCUGUCCCAGUAGCCCACUCGGCCCUUCUCCAGUCCUCGAAUUUCCAUAGAAUUACCAUAUCGGAGGCAGCAACACACACCAGUUACAAUGAACGUCGCCCAGUUCAUCCCCGAAGUCCAAGGCGUCGAGGACGUCUAUCCCGCCGAGUCGCAUGCCCACCAGAAGGAGCGCUGGGACCACCUGCUCGCGAAGUUCGAGGAGAAGUAUGGCAAGCGCGCGUCUUUCAUCUCGCGGGCACCGGGGCGGGUCAAUAUCAUUGGCGAGCACAUCGACUACAUGCUCUUCUCGGUGCUCCCCAUGGCAGUCGAGGCCGAUCUCCUCCUCGCCGUCCGCGUUACGCCCGAAAACUCCACCAUCAAGAUCGGCAACGUCCUUGCCUCCAAGUUCCCCGACCGCGAGUUUGUGAUCCCCGCGGCGGGAGAGGGAAACUUGGAGAUCGACUCGACGCAGCUGGAAUGGUCCAACUACUUCAAGGCCGGGUACCGCGGAGCGGUCGAGUUUCUGCGGCGCAACAGCGUCUCUGCCGCCGAGAAGCCGCCCGGAAUGGAGAUUCUAGUUGACGGCAACGUCCCCUCUGGCGGCGGACUCUCGUCGUCCGCGGCAUUCGUGUGCGCCAGCGCUCUGGCGGGCAUGGCAAGCAUGGGAGUCGCCACCGUCGACAAGAAGGAGCUGGUGAGCUUGGCAAUCGUGUCGGAGCGGUACGUGGGCGUGAACUCGGGCGGGAUGGACCAGUCGGCGUCGGUAUUGGGGUCCGCGGGAAGUGCGCUGUUCAUCUCGUUCGACCCUGAGUUGUCGGCGGAAGCGGUGGCGUUCCCAAAGACGAAACCGGAGCCGGUGUUUUUGAUCGCGAAUACAUACAAGACGGUCGAGAAGCAUGUUACCGGACCUAUACACUACAACCUCCGUGUCGUCGAGACGACGCUGGCGGCGGAAAUGUUGGCUAAGAAACUCGAGCUAGCGUUGCCGCAGGAUACUGGCCCGCUGGGAACCACGCUCAAGGGCCUCAUGGAUGUCUACUUCACCAAAAACCCAUCCGACCAGUCUCUUGAGCAGAAAUUCGAAGAGAUCGCGCAGAUCACCGAGGGUGUACUGUUCAAGGAAGAGGGCUACACCCGCGAGGAAAUAGCGGAAGUACUGGGAAUCUCCGUCGACUCUCUCGUGGAGCGGUACAUGACCAAAUUUCCCAUCCGCGCCGAAAAGUUCCAGCUACGUUCAAGAGCCCUGCACGUGUUUGGAGAAGCUGCCAGGGUGGUCCAGAUGUACUGGCUUCUGGAGAAGUCCUCGAAGAAGGACGAUCCGAAGGAGGAAUCACUUGUGGUACUGGGCGAGCUCAUGAAUGCAAGCCAGAAGUCGUGUAAGGAGCUGUACGACUGCUCGUGCGAGGAAUUGGAUGAGCUAUGCAGACUGGCGAGAGAGGCGGGCUCGUAUGGAAGCCGCUUGACGGGUGCGGGUUGGGGCGGCUGCAGUGUCCACUUGGUGCCGAAGGACAAGGCCGAGGCGAUCAAAAAGGUGUGGAUGGAGGAGUACUAUGCAAAGAUGGACCUGAGCGAGGAGCAAUUGUUGGAGGCCAUCGUAGAGACAGAACCGAGCUCGGGCGCUGUUCUGCUUAGGCUGUAGAUGGCGAAAUGGGAACUUGGGGUGUUUACGUUUCCAGGCAGAGAAUAAUGAAUACUACCAC